AUGAAGUUUCCAAUUGCAAUCGCUACCCUCCUGGCACUCACCAACAGAGCUGCUGCUGCCGUUGACUCAAGCGAAGUCGCCUUCGUCACAGUGUUCUACAAUGACCUCAAGGGCAACCUCAACGAGUAUUUGUCGUACAUCCAGGCCCAUACGGAAAACGACAAUGCCCCAUUGCUCAGUCUCUAUGCGCAGGUGCAGACAUACACCGAUGACUCCUACACCACCGUCAUCGAUGACAACAUCUACAAAGAGAUUUCCACUUUUGCAACAGCCCUUCCAUGGUACUCAACACGUCUUGUGAGCGAAUACGAAGAUGCUGUUGGUGGUGGUUCCACCGAGGCAGCGUCUUCAACAGAGGCCUCUUCAUCUGCGAAAUCGUCUUCCGCUCCGGUCACGUCAUCUAGUUCCGCUAAGAGUUCUUCUGCGGCCACCACAAAGGCGUCUUCAAAGGCAACUUCCAAGGCAUCAUCCUCAGCAUCGUCAAUUGCUCCGGUCGCUACUUCCGAGAACUCGGCACCUGCUUUCGCUCCUGAAAGAGCGGCUGUUAUGGUUCCAUUGCUUGUCACCUUGGGACUGUUGGGAGUUUCCACUGGAUUGGGUUUGGUGAUGUAA